CUUCUCCAUUAACCCACCCAGCAACAUCUACUUUCACGAUCAUUUUCUUGAAGCCCAUCGUGCAUGCAAGCUCCAACACCUUCACCAUUCCCCAUAGCUCCGGUGCAAAAAUCCAGCAAUCCACUGCCCUUCAUCGUUCCUCAGGAGUCCGCCACAUCCGCUUCACCCAUCUCUCUAGCCACGACCUCCAAUUCACAAGCUUCUCCAUUUUCAUUCCUCCACAACCAACCUGUGACGCGCAAGUUUCCCGUGUGGUUCUUGUUUUCUUUGUUGAAUAACAAUGGAGAGAUUGAACAGUGGCGUGGGUUCUUCUUCGAUUAGGAGGCGCUCACUCAGCAUAUCCAUCCACGUCAGCCACCGCACGGAAAACGACGAUGACGCCGAGAGCGAGAGCGUUUCAGAAGCCGGUGACAUUGGAGAUCGCGCACUUCCGAGCAGAAGGUUCAGCGCUACCAACAGCUUCAGGUUCUCCUUCGAUGAAACAAAAUCAGAUGAGAAUGGCGGUACUGCUGCUGACGUGGAACAACUGCAACCGCCAAGAGCCUCUUCUGCUAUUAGGCCUUUGCCACCUCAGCUCGUAGCUUCUCCUCUUUCCACCACCGAUGCAGUUUUGCCUUCUGAAGAACCAAAGAAAGAAACUCGUAAAGGUUUGCCAGAGUUUCUGGACUAUGCUUCAUGUAUGAUUCAUAUGGCUGUUUUCGGAAUUCUAGGGGUCUUAACAAGAUAUUUACUGCAGAAGCUAUUUGGCCCUGGGGAAGCCAAUUUAACAAGCAACAAAACUGUUCUUUACCUUGAUCUUCCUGCUAAUAUGAUUGGUUCAUUUUUGAUGGGAUGGUUUGGUGUUGUAUUCAAAGCCGACAUAUCUCAAGUUUCAGAACAUCUAGCUAUAGCAAUAACAACUGGUUACCUAGGAAGCCUUACAACUUUCAGCGGUUGGAAUCAGAAAAUGCUUCAACUCAGUGUCUCGGGACAUUGGCUCUUCGCCAUACUUGGUUUUUUAUUUGGCUUAUUUCUUGUUGGAUAUUCCAUCAUAGUUGGAAUUGAAACUGCCAACGGAUUCAAGUGGCUUCUAAAUAAGCUGAAUAUGUGUUCAGGAAGUGGUGAUAACUCUGAGAUCAACUGCAGAGUAGAUAGCCCCCAACGUCAGUUGGCAGCUAUGACGAUGUUCUUGGUGAUUUUAGGAAUAUUAUGGGGUGUGAGUGGUGCAUUGGUGAAGGCUAAAUUCAAGAAUGGUGGAAGUGGUGCCGAGUUAUGGUUCGCUUGCAUGGUUGGACCUGUAGGCGUGUGGAUUCGAUGGUUCUUAGCUCGGCUCAACGGUCGUGGAUUAGGAAGGGCAGGGUUGUUUAAAUGGAUGCCAUUUGGAACUCUCAUUGCCAAUGUAUCGGCUGCUUGUGUAAUGGCUGCACUUUCCACCAUAAAGGAAGCAGUCAAUACCAAAGAUUGUGACACUAUUGUAAUUGGAACACAGUUAGGUCUCUUGGGGUGUUUGAGUACUGUCUCAACUUUUGUAGCUGAAUUCAAUGCAAUGAGAGAAAGCAAUCAUCUUUGGAGAGCCUAUGUGUAUGCCAUUAUCACAAUGUGUGCCUCAUUUGUCCUUGGAAUCUUGAUCUACUGUGUACCUGUUUGGGCAACGGGAUAUGAUACUAGCACAUAACAAUUGGGGCAUAGCAGAAGGUAAUAUCUACUUUUGAUCUUUGGACAGUGUGUUUGUUGGUGGAAAAGUCCAAGUUUUACCACAAGAUCCUUCUUAAUUUAGAAGCAGUGAAAUUUUUCUACAAGGAAGGACUCGGGUAUGGAGAAGCAGAGUGAUGCAAUUUACUAUUUCUCUUUGAGGCUCAAUAAUUUCUAUAGAACUUUGAGCUGAUAGGACUUCAAUUAAUGUUUGAUGAGCUUUCAAAUGUUUAAUGAAUUUAGAUGAGCCAUGUUAUGAGGAGAAAAAAGAUGACAAAAGGGUACAUAUAUAAUUUCCCCAAAAGAAACUAUGGUCUAUGGCUAAUGAGUCUCCAAGGUCUAAUACAGUUGCUGCCAGAGAUGAUAAGUUUAUCAUUAGAAAGAAAAAGAUGCUAUUGGAAAAGAGGAAAAUGGUGACAAGAAAUUGAAGCAUAUGUUGACAAACUUGCCAAUCAGUGAUGCUUUUAGAGCUAGAGUUACAAAACCUUGGCCUUGCUUAUGUUCAUAAGUGUACUUCUAAUUAACGUAAUAGACGGUAAUAAAAGCAACAAUCCUUUUAUACCGUUGAUUGCUUUCUAAAUCAAAUAUAUGGAUUUGCAUA